AUGACUACUGACAGCUUUCUAAUGGCGUUUAAGCGAUUCGUCGCUCGCCGCGGUACACCGGCUACAAUCGUGUCUGACAAUGCUAAACAGUUUAAAUUGGCAGACGUCACAAUGGAGCAAUUGUGGAAAUCCAUUAAUACCAAUGCGAAUGUAUUCUCGACACUUGCCACUAUGGGUAUUGAAUGGCGGUUCAUCGUUCAACUAUCUCCAUGGAUGGGAGGGGUGUAUGAACGCCUCGUCCAGUCCGUAAAACGAAUGCUCAGGAAAUCCCUCGGUAAACGAAUUCUAAAGGCUGAGGAACUUUGUACACUGCUGACAGAAGUAGAGGGAAUUCUGAACAGUAGGCCUCUCACGUAUGUGGGUGAAGAUUUCAAUGGGUUUAUCCUCACACCAGCGCACUUCUUGUGCCUCAACAACACUCUAACACUGCCGGGUGAGCAGUUAGAUACGAAUGAUCCAGAUUUCUGUGUCAAAACCUCGGGUGAUUUACUUCUCCAGAAGUUCAAUGUAUGUCAGCAGCAGCUGAAUCGCUUCUGGCAAUUAUGGCAAGACGAGUAUCUAGCAUCACUGAGAGAGCGUGGCGAUUACCAGCUACGACAAGGACGUAUUCGUGCCACUGACGAGCCAGCAGUUGACACAGUUGUCAUCAUCCGCGAGGAAACACUGCCCCGAGUUAGCUGGCCAAUCGGCCGCAUUGUGAAACUGCACGAAUCUUCAGAUGGUGAGACAAGAUCCGCCACCAUUCAGCUCCCCACUGGUAGGACAGUCAGACGGUCACUAUGUCAUCUUUACCCUCUGGAAUGUCCAUCAACACCAGCACAGGUGAGUAGUGAACCCGAACCAGUACCGGCAACUGAGAGCGCAUCCAGUAGUGACGCCACCGGCACGACUCGGCCCAAGCGGCACGCAGCAGCUCGGUUUCAAGAACAGCUAGGUGAGCUUAUCCGAGACGGAGCAGUUUAG